GCUGAAUUCGCGACAGACAUCAUAAAUUAACUUCGUAAGGAAAAUGUCGACUCUUUUCUAAUUUAAUUACAAAUCAGGCAAAUGAGACAAGCUCGUAUUUGACAUUGGACUAUUAUGCAGUCAGUAACAGUGUUUUUAGCCUUUACUUGCUUCUGUUUGGAAGUACUUGUCUACUGUAAUAAAAUCUGUCAUGAUGACAAGUACACCAUUGUCAGCUCAAAUGGAAGCUUUGUGAAGUGCUUUCCCUGUGCCACAUGUCAUCCUGGAUGGGGAUUGCAUCCUCCAUGUGGAAAACAAUUGACAAGUGAAGAAAUGCUCAAAAUAUCUUGCGAAAAAUGCCCUUCAGGCACAUUUUCUGCCGAGCUAGACCCAUCCUCUUGUACAAACUGUCAACAGUGUGCUCCUCAUGAGAUAGUAUCUGCCAAUUGUACCAAGGUAUCUGACACAAGUUGCAAUAAAACGUGUGCUAAAGGAUACUUCUUUGUUGAGGUCUCUCACAGCUGUCAACAAUGUUCAUAUUGUUGUUUUGACAAAAAAGAUGAACCGCAGCCAGAAUGUAUCAAACAUGGGUUCAAUGCUACUGGUCAAUACUGUAGCAUUCGAUUGGAUAAGACGUGCACUCCAGUACCUCCAACUACCAGGAUAACCUUGCCAACAGUGACAGAUAUGACAGCUACCAGAAGAAUA